UUCGGGAGGAGCAUUGUCGGCCUCGUACGCACAAACACCAGGGCCACUGGUAUUUGCAUCGCGUUUGCGGGGUUAUCGCCGACGACCAACCUCACGUCGCUCUGCCGCCAAGUGCCCGGCGCCGUCGACGACUGCAAAGCCGUGCUGCGCGACGUUGUUGAUUUAUCGUCAACGCUUCCACUCGAGUCCAAUGCGACAUUGACGUCAACUGCGCACGCCGCACUAUCGGCACUCAACAUUCAAAUCAUGCAGUAUGGCACGAACGUCGCUGCUCCAGAAUCCAUACUGACCAUGUACACUUCGCCGCUGCUCCACGAUGAAUUCAGCUCUUUUGGCGCCGAGCUGCCCACGGCGUACGCUCUCUACGCCUUUGCUGUCGUCCAGUACGUCGCGCUGACGAUCGCGUCGCUCGCGGGACUCACUGGCGUCUACAUCCUGGCCAGUCGUGGCCACAUUGACGGUCGAAACACGCUCAAACUCAGCCGUGUCGGCGGGAUUGUCUGGGUCGGUCGUCCGCUCUUGCUGGUGCGCAGCUUUACAGCGCUCUGCCUCCUCUCGACGGCCACCCUCUCGCUCGAGAGGACUGGUUAUGUGAUGUACUUUAAAUCCGAAGUGCCGGCCACCUUGUCGACGUGCUUGGCGGCGAGCGAGGUCACGUGGCUGGCGAGCACGGUGAUCGACAUCGGAUUGCCUCUCACGCAAGAACACUCGGCCCGCUACGUGACGCUCCAGUCUCUGCUCGUUUUGGCGAUUGCAGCAUCGAUGAGCUCGCUUCAACCGGUGGCCUACGCGGCCCAGAUGGAUCUGCAAUGUGCGCCGACCGCGUUGGACUAUCAAGUGACGUGCGCCAAAUGUCUCUUCAAGCACGACAAGUGA